GAGAGAGAGAGAGAGAGAGACGUAUCUGCACAGUCAGGGGAGGAGGAGGCGGAUCUGUAAGUAGACUCCGGGACUUCCUAAGCUGAGCAGAGAGCAGCCAGCAGCGCAAUCAUGGAGGACUCUGCUCCACGUACCGGUCGCUCUAUGUUUGCGUGUCUGGUGGGAGCGUCACAGUUGCUGGGUGUGACAUCGGUGGUGCUGACCGGUGUGUGGAUGGGUCACUACCACGGGGGCUUCGCCUGGGACGGCUCAGCGCGGGAGUUCAACCUGCACCCUCUGUGCAUGGUACUGGGGCUGGUCUUCCUGCACGGCGACGCCAUCCUGGUCUACAGAGUGUUUCGAAAUGAGGCAAAGAGGAACGUAAAGCUGCUCCAUGGCAUCAUUCACCUGCUCGCCCUCAUCAUCAGCAUCAUAGGCUUUGUAGCUGUGUUUGACUUCCACAGAGCAGCAAAGAUUCCAGACAUGUACUCUCUACACAGCUGGUGCGGCAUGUCUACCUUAGUCUUAUUCUGCAUACAGUGGGUGAUGGGUUUGAUGUUCUUCCUGUUUCCUACUGCGUCGUCCUGGUUGCGAGCCUCGUAUCUCCCCAUCCACGUGUUCUGUGGUCUGGUUCUGCUGGUUAUGGCCGUAGGGAGCAGCUUGCUCGGCAUCACGGAGAAACUCCUCUUCAGCAUCGAGUCAAGCUACUCUCUGUUUGCCCCAGAGGGGGUGCUGGCCAACAUCUUGGGGAUCCUGUUGGUGUGUUUCGGGGUGCUGCUGGGCUACUUGAUCACCAAGGAGGAGUACAGACGUCCGCCAAACCCUGAGGAAGAGUCUCUGUCUGUCCACUUUAAGACCCUGACUGAGGGCGGGUCACCCACCACACCCUGACCUCAGUGAGACGUGUGACACCUCCACCUCAUUGGACCAGUGUCCUGCCAACAGACUAGCUGUGCUACCAGUCUCUGUUAAUACCUACUUUUCAAAAGUUUAGGUUUGUCCAUCAAAUCAUGGACCGAAAGCGUUAAUGAUAUCUCUAUUAUCAUACCAAAAUUAUUUAUUGGAACUUAUGCUUUUAUUUUGACAAUUAAUUAAAAAAGAAUAUAAAAUAUAAGUGAAAAAUACGCAUUGCAGUAAAUGGAAAAUAAUUGUCAUUAUAAGUGUCUGACAACAUUCUGAAAAGGAUCCCUACAGAGAUAGACCUUUUUCUGAAAGAGUAAGAUCUGUUUUGCUUGGCCAGCAUCAGUUAUAUUGCUCUGUUCAACGCCACCAGACUCCAUUGACAAAAACAGUGAUUUUACCUUGUAACGUUGUGACACUUAAUUCAAACUCGACAGAUACAAAAUAAAACUCACCACAACCUUGGUUAGUCUUUACUGGCCAGCACUAUAAAUGUCUUUAGUUGAUGUCUGGGACUGGUACCAGCUUACAUAAAACCCAUCAAAGUAUGAUCCUGUCUUCACUGUACACACUGUUAUGUGUUUAGUCCUCCUCAGCCUGCUAGUGUUGCAAAGUGUGUGAAUGUUCUUAAAUGUGGAUUGGCAAAAUACAGUUUCGCUAACUUUGGACAGCCACAAAUCUGUUAUUGCAGGAAAUGUUUUAGUAGUUCCAACAAAAUGAACAGAGUGAUACAUCUGCUCUAGUAAAGAUGUUGACUGAUCGAGUCAGGGCUCGCAUUCUCCACGUUCAUUCAUACAACACUGAAAGGUUAACAAGUUUAAGAGUAUUAAAGCUGCAGUAUGUCAUUUUUAUACAAAUAUUUUUGUAAUGUUUGUUGAAACUUUCAUUGUAUUAUGUAGUACACGAGACAGAUAAUCUCUGAAAAAAUCACAUCAAUUAUCUUUCUUUGCUCUGAUUGGUUGUUGUCAUCCAGGCCUGUUAGAUUCUUGCAAAUGCCGUUAGGAGCACUAGGAGGAGCCAUUUUAUUAUUAUUAUGUACGACACAGUGAAAAUUGUAUCAAAUACCACAAAAAGAUAUUUUUAUAAAAGUUACCUGCUGCAGCUUUAAUCUAGGACCUUCAGUAUUUGGACCAAGAAGAAAAAAUAAGAAGUGCCAAUUUUAGAAGUUGUAGUUAUUUCAAUGUAUUGGAUAUGUGUCUUAUCAAAAUUGCAUAUUUGCUGCUGCUAUGUAUAUAAUUAUUUGUAAUUUAUGUAUAUUGAGCAUAUAUCACGCACAAAUCUCCUCUGAACUUUUCCAGUUGAAUUAAGUUGUUGCUUGAAUGUACACUGGGCGGCUGUGUCAUUGAGAUAAAUCUGAUUGGACUACUGGCAGAUACGGAAUAUUCAAGGACUCAGAUAGUCUUGGCUUUGUAACACACCAAAAGUCAAACUGAUGACAAAGUGUGCUCACAUUUGAUUAUCUCUUAAUCUACACAUUCUAUUAGGAACCACCUAUAUUACAUAUAUCUGCCAUCUUGAUUUUCACUAUUGGGGAUUAACCACUGAGCAUAAUAAAAAAUACAUUAAAAAUUUAAAAAUAGAUUUUUGGAAGUGGUAUAAGCUGUAAUUCAAACUUUUAGAAAAGGUUUAGCUUUUGUGAAAAUAAUUUGACGCACUGCUUUUGUAGGUCACAACACUAUUAAUUGGGUUCUAAUUAAGUCCUUUUAUUUGAUGUCCCACAGUAUCUAUACCUGUCCCAGUCCCACGUGGUGAGAAGCCCAGUCAGUAGUUUGUCCAUAAAACAUAAUGCAUAAACAAAAUGUAUUCCAUUUUACCAUUAGUAAGCUGUCUGUAUUUAAAUGGACUGUCAUUAAAAAAAAAAAUCUGUUCAGUGUUUAUUCAGUAAUGUAUGUAUUAUUGAUGCAUUUUUACCUAAAGCUGUUAAAUUCCUCUUUCAAUGUGUUUAAUUUAAUUAAAAACAUAGUUUUUGGGGUUUUACUGGCUUAACUUCAGGACUUCUCACUAGUGCCUAAUACAAAGCUUUUACCGAUGUUGUUUGUCUUUGAUAUUGUCAUCUUUUAAAGGGCAGUCUUAAUCUCAUUGGGACAACCUGAAAUAAAAAUGUGUGAAAUGGCA